UCUAAAAUAUUAAUUUUUUUUUUUUUGCGCCUCAUAACAAACAAUAAGUGAUCAAUGGCCUUUAGAUAAAAAGACACAUAUAAACACAAUUGGUACAACAACAACAACAACAACAACACAAUCAACAACAAGAAGAACCCUUUAAAAAUCCAAACAAACAUUAAUAAUCAAAUAAAAAUGCUGACCGAUUCGUACCUUAUAAAAUUUUUGCUACGGCAAUUACAAAUUGAACAACAGGACUCCCAAAAGGAUGCCCAGCAUAUGCUGAUGGUAUUCUUCAGCUUUCUGGUAUUGAUCAUUUUUAUGAAAUGGCUAUUAAGGCAUUACCGUGAGCUACGCAAAUUACCGCCCGGUCCCUGGGGUCUGCCCGUUAUCGGUUAUCUGCUCUUCAUGGGCAAUGAGAAGCACACACGUUUCAUGGAGCUGGCCAAGCAAUAUGGUUCACUUUUUUCCACACGCCUGGGCAGUCAAUUGACAGUUGUUAUGAGUGAUUAUAAAAUGAUACGUGAGUGCUUUCGCCGGGAGGAGUUCACAGGACGACCGGAUACGCCGUUCAUGCAAACCCUAAAUGGCUAUGGCAUUAUUAACAGCACAGGGAAACUGUGGAAGGAUCAGCGUCGUUUCUUGCACGACAAACUACGGCAAUUUGGCAUGACCUACAUGGGCAAUGGCAAGCAGCAAAUGCAGAAACGCAUUAUGACGGAAGUUCAUGAAUUUAUUGGCCAUUUACAUGCCAGCGAUGGCCAGCCGAUUGAUAUGUCACCUGUCAUAUCCGUGGCAGUCAGCAAUGUCAUCUGCAGUCUAAUGAUGUCGACACGUUUUAGCAUCGACGAUCCGAAAUUUCGUCGUUUCAAUUUCUUAAUUGAGGAGGGCAUGCGUCUGUUUGGUGAAAUUCAUACAGUCGAUUAUAUACCAACAAUGCAAUGCUUUCCAAGCAUAUCGACAGCCAAAAAUAAGAUUGCCCAGAAUCGUGCCGAGAUGCAAAAAUUCUAUCAGGAUGUUAUUGAUGAUCAUAAGCGUACAUUUGAUCCAACGAAUGUCCGUGACUUGGUUGAUUAUUAUCUAUUGGAAAUUGAGAAGGCAAAGGCCGAAGGAACCCAAGCAGAGCUUUUUGAUGGCAAAAAUCAUGAAGAGCAAUUGGUUCAAGUGAUCAUUGACUUGUUCUCAGCUGGCAUGGAGACAAUUAAGACCACAUUAUUGUGGAUUAAUGUGUUUAUGUUGCGUAAUCCAAAGGAAAUGCGUCGCGUACAAGACGAGCUCGAUCAGGUUGUGGGACGUCAUCGUUUGCCAACAAUUGAGGACUUGCAAUAUUUACCCCUGACCGAAUCAACAAUACUUGAAUCAAUGCGUCGCUCAAGCAUUGUGCCAUUGGCCACAACGCAUUCGCCUACAAGAGAUGUGGAAUUAAAUGGUUAUACCAUACCGGCCGGCUCACAUGUCAUUCCCCUCAUCAAUAGCGUACACAUGGAUCCCAAUCUAUGGGAGAAGCCCGAAGAGUUUCGGCCAUCGAGAUUCAUUGAUACGGAUACGGGUAAAGUGCGCAAACCUGAAUAUUUCAUACCAUUCGGUGUCGGGCGACGAAUGUGCCUCGGCGAUGUGCUGGCCCGCAUGGAGCUGUUCCUCUUCUUCGCCUCGUUCAUGCAUUGCUUUGACAUUGCCCUGCCAGAGGGUCAACCGUUGCCGAGUCUAAAGGGUAAUGUUGGUGCCACUAUCACACCUGAGGCCUUCAAGGUCUGCCUGAAACGUCGACCCCUGGCACCGACGGCCAGUGAACCGCAUCAUGUGCGAAACGUGGGCUCCAAUUAGGCAAACACACACACACAAUCCACAAACAAAAAGUAAAACAACCAACCAAUGCCCGGGAUGUCCCAGAGCACGGUUUUGUUCCUAAACUCAGUUUUUUUAGCUUAAAUUUUAGCUUAAAUCUUAUUUAGCAUUUACCUAAAUCAUAUGAGAAUGCGAGUAAUUACAAUUUUUUUCUCACAAACAAACAAAUUCUAUUCUAUCAACCCCAAAAGAAGCUGUGUUCAAUAUAGUUGAUAAAUUUCUAGUUCUAAGCCCCACCCCCCCACAAAUCCCUCUCUUCCCCUUAAUUAAUAGCCGAACCUUAUUCUGAUGCAUUAAUUUUUGCACAAUUUUGUUCACUUAGUUAUUAUUAUUAUGAUACAUUGUUUUUUUGCCCCGCCUCCCCUCCUACCCCCUACUAGCCCAUAAGUUAUUAAGCAAAUCCAACAAAAACAAACUGUGGUUUAGUCUUAGGUAUAUAAUUCAUAUAAAUUAAAAUUGAAAAAAAAAAACAAAAACACAAACACAUACA